GCACUUCCGAGGACGGGUCACAGAGAGCGGGGAUCUCAUUGGUCGGCGGGUGCGGUGACGCCGUUUUCCUAUCGAGGAGGAUUUGGCGCCAGUUGAUUGUUUUGAGAGGAGAGCGCAGCGGGGUGAAGGAGUGAGAGCAUUUUCAUAGAAACAGACACACAGCGAGGCGGUUAGCAGCAAUGGCUCCUGUUUCCAACCCGGAUAAAGACAUCGACAAGCAAGACCACGAUGCCGGAGACUCUUGUGGCCUGGCAUCGACUCGCUCCAGGCGAGAGAAGAGGGAGAAGACGGGGCGCAAGUCAGCCCUGGACCGUCUGAAGAAAGCCAAGGCUGGAGAAAAAGUGAAAUACGAGGUGGAGGAGAUCUCCAGUGUGUACGAGGAGGUGGAUGAGGAGCAGUACUCGCGGAUGGUGCGUGACCGGCAGGAUGAUGACUGGAUCAUUGACGAUGAUGGAACUGGCUAUGUGGAAGAUGGCAGGGAGAUCUUUGAUGACGAUCUUGCUGAGGAUGCCCUGGACAGAGGACCUAAAGGCUGGGUUACCUGCCAGCUGCUGUGUGAGAUCCGGACCUGGAUCGCUUAG